UUGAUCAUUAACCAUGUAAAUAAAAGUCAAUUUCUUCAAAUUUUCCUACUUUUUCGUUUUAUUUAUUUAUUUAUUUAUUUAUUUUUCCAAAUACAGUUAAUUAGAGAAGAAACAAAUGUCUCACGAUCCCCUUAUAAGGCUAAAAUAAAGGGUUUUCUUAUACUAAUCCCUUUUCACAAAAAUAAAUUUAACCAAAAUUAAGAUUUACUUCCAACACUCCCAACUACAAAAACACCCAAAUUCCAACUUUUCCCUCAAAACCCUCUUUAACUUUAUAUGGCCCCUUAGCUUAGGGUUUCUUGUUUUGUUUGUGUUACACAAGUACAAAAGUUACUAAGAUUUUUUUGUCACUACAUUGUAUCUAGGUAUGGAGGAUUUGGACAAAAACAAGCUAUUUUGUGGUGGGAUUCCAAGGGAUACAAGUGAUGAGAUGCUUAAGGAACAUUUUUCAAAGUAUGGAAGUGUGGUUAGUUGUGUUAUUGCUAAGGAUCGUGAAACUGGGAGGCCAAGAGGGUUUGCUUUUGUUACCUUUUCUGACUCAUCUGCUGUUGAUUUAGCACUACAGGAUGCACAUGAAAUUCUUGGAAGAAUGGUAGAUGUGAAAAAAGCAAUACCGAGGAGUGAACAACACCAGCAUCAACAACAGAACAGUAGAGGCUUGAAUAGAAAUAUUACAACUAAUGGUAGAAGCAAUGUUCAGUUUAGGACGAAGAAGAUUUUUGUAGGGGGUUUAUCAGCUAACUUAACUCAGGAAGAUUUCAAGAGUUACUUUGAAAAGUUUGGUAGGAUUACGGAUGUUGUUGUGAUGCAUGACAAUGUUACCCAUAGGCCAAGGGGAUUUGGUUUUAUUACCUUUGAUUCGGAGGAUGCGGUUGAGGAGGUUAUGCAGAAGACUUUUCAUGAACUAAACGACAAGCUUGUGGAGGUCAAGAGGGCUAUACCAAAAGAUGGAAAUAACAAUAGUGGUAAUGGUUAUCAUUCCAGAAUAGGUAACGGAAAUGGUUCUAAUUAUAACAACACUUAUCAACAGGGAAUGUAUCCACCUUACAGUCCUAGAUAUGUAUAUUGUUCUGGGCCUGUCUCAGGUUAUCCUUAUGGAGUUGGGACUUUCGGAGGUAGUUAUCCUGUUGGAGCAUACCCUGGAAUUGGUUAUGGCAUCACUUCUUUGAUGCCUAGGGGUCCUUGGAAUAAUCCCACAAUGGCUGGUAUAAGGGGAAGUCCACUGCCUUAUGGCAAUACAGGAGUUGUUUAUCCCGCCUACAUGAAUGGUGGCAUCGGAGCAAUGGGCAUGGCUACUAAUGGAUAUGGAGGAAAUUUGGGUUCUGGGAUAAGUGUUGGAGAUGCUCAAGGGGUGUCUGAUUAGGUGCCUAUACAAAUUAGAUGGGAAAUGUAGAUAUCAAUUCUUUUAUUCUGCUGGAAGCUUCAGUGCCGCUGCUACCAAACAGAGUGAAGAGAUAAUGCGGAGAGACUUAAACCUUGUUAUGCUGAUCAUUCUAACCGACUGCUUUGUGACUUAAUGUGGAUAUGAUGACAAGUUAGAAAUUCUCAUACUGAUCAAUUGAGGCUAUCUUCUGUCUUUUAUUCUUGACUCUUGCAUGUAAUGUGCUUUUUUUUUCUUUUAUAAACUCAUCUGUCCAGAUUCAGCCUGCUGUAAUAUAAUUUUUAAUUUUUCAAAGUCAA